AUGCAUUUAUUCUAUUUCAUUUCAUAUAUAAUAUCAGUACUCAUAGUGUCGAUUAUUGCUUCGCCUCGACUAGAGCGGAUCACCACCAGAUAUUUAUCUCCUCAAGAGCAACAGCAGCAACAACAGCAACAACAACAACGACAACGACAGGAUCAACCAUACAAUCCAGCUACUCCUACUAACAACAUAUACACAUCUGCAUCACUACAACCUUUAGCUGAACGAUCGUUAGACGAUUGGGAUUUGAAUAAUAUAAUAUUACUCAGUGACAUUAAUGGCUCAUUACAUUGUGUUAAUCGUGAUGAUGGUAAUCUAAUUUGGUCGUUACCUAUAGAUGAACCACUUGUCAAAAUUCAAUCAAACAUCAAAGACAAAUCAGCAGCACAUAAUAUUCUUUGGUUUGUUGAACCUUAUGAGGAUGGUACCCUAUAUUAUUUCACACCUAAAUUUGGUUUAAAUAAAUUACCCACCAGUAUCAAAGAUCUAGUAAUGGAAUCACCUUUUACAUUGAGUGGUGACGAUAAAAUAUAUACUGGUACUAGAAAGACAUCACUAUAUAAUAUCAACAUUCAUACUGGUGAAAUAAAGUCAUCGUUUGGUAAUACUGAUGAAUGUCCCAUACCGAGAUCGACACUACCUCCAGAAACUGCAUUUAACGCUGAUGAUACAAUAAUGAUUGGUAAAACAACAUAUGAAUUGUCGAUCCAUUCUAAAUCAAACAGUGAUGUCAUGUGGAAUGUCACUUAUUCACAAUGGGUGCCUAACAAUAUUGAUAACGAUUUGAUUUUGCAAAACCAACAAUCAUUAGACAAGAUAUAUUUCACACCAUUCCAUGAUCGUUCUUUAUUGGCAAUAAAUAAAGAUAUUGGUACUCCUAUAUGGAUAAGCAAAUUACCAGGGUUACCCGUUAGUAUUUUUGAUGUUUUCAGUAAUAGUGCCAAAACAAAUGAUUAUUUAUUAUUACCCCAUCCUUUAAAAGUAUUGAAUGAUUUGCAAUCAAAUGAUAUUAAUAAUCAAAAUAUGGUGUUUGUGAAUAAAACUCUGAGUAUCAGUACUGGUAGUACAAAAGACCACCUCAAUGACCAAUGGGUUGCUAUGAGUUUUAAAAAUUAUCCAACAUUAAUUAAAAGUGCACCUAUUUCAAAAUAUCAAGAAAUUUUAAAUAAAUAUUAUGCUGGCAUAAACAUUAAUAAUAAUGAUAAAGAAUAUUCAGUUGAUUAUAUUGAGAAUUUUCAGAUUGUUAAUAAUUCGAAUGAAAAUAUUGAACAUUUAAUUUCCGGUAUUCAUAGAGUAUUUGAAUUAUCACCAGAAAAUUCGUAUCAACCAUUUGAAAGAUUCCAUUCUCCGAUGGAUGAUAUUAAGAGGAUUGGUGACGGAACUGGUAAUGAUGAUAAAGACGAACAGUCAUCAGCGGAAAGGACGAAAAAUAAUGGUGGUGUUCCUGAUAUCAUUGGUGGAUUAAAGUUCCCAUCAAGAUUAUCAAUUUUGACAUCGGAGAUUCUCUUGAUUGAACCUUCAAAAGACAAUCAAUUGGAACAACAGGGCAAUCUGCACCAUAAUCAAGAUACACUGAGGUUUGAUAAUUCCAAUGUUACUAGCUCAGGUAUUAUGAGAAGAAUCAUUGAGGAUUUGGCAGUGUUGAUAGUUUUAUUUGUAUUGUUAAUGACUUUUGGUAAAUCAAACAAUAUUGUGAAAAAAGUACUUGGACAAUUCACAAAGCAACAACAUGAAUUAGAUGAAGAAAAACAACAACUGCAACUGCAACAAGAAAAAGAAAUCGUUGUUGAAGCACCUAUGUCAUUAGUCUCCAAUAAUAUACCUUCGGCAACCGACAACAGACCAGUUGACAAGAAGAUUAAAGAAAUCGACGAAAAAACAACUGACGUUAUCGAAGUUAAACAAGAUAACAAUGAUACAUUGGUUGUUGACACUAAAACCAAGUCACUGUCUCCAGAAAUUGAAACUGACCCCAAAAAUAAGAAAAAGUCGAAAAAAGUUGUGAUUGUUGAACCAGAAACUGAUCUUGAUCUUGAGUCUGAACCAGACCAGCAAACUGAAACCGAUGUAGCUACCAUAACGGAAAGUAAUGAUGAUAAGGAAGAAACAACACCGAAAAAGAAACGGAAAAGAGGUAGUCGUGGAGGAAGACGAGGUGGAGCACGUAAGAACAAUAAAUUGAAAACUAAUGGAGAUGAUGAUCAAGAAGAUCAACCACAAAAUGAAGAAUCAGUUGACGAAGAGAUUAUCACUACUAAGAGUUUGAUUCCACCUAGUUCAUUACCUGCUGUUAAAUCAAGAAAGAAACUUCAAAUUGAAAAUAAUCUCGUUAUAUCCGAUAAGAUUCUUGGUUAUGGUUCACAUGGAACGGUUGUUUUCCAAGGUACAUUUGAGAAUCGACCAGUAGCUGUUAAAAGAAUGUUACUUGAUUUUUAUGAUAUUGCCAAUCAUGAAGUGCGGUUAUUACAAGAAUCUGAUGAUCAUCCUAAUGUUGUACGUUAUUUUUGUUCACAAAGUUCUGAAUCUGAGAAAUUUUUAUACAUUGCAUUAGAAUUGUGUCUUUGUACAUUAGAAGACAUUAUAGAGAAACCUCAAAAGAUGCCUCAUUUAAGUAUUCCUAAAAGGAAUGAUAUUUUAUAUCAAUUGGCCAGUGGAUUACAUUAUUUACAUUCAUUAAAAAUAGUUCAUCGUGAUAUUAAACCACAAAAUAUUUUGGUGGCCAAUAUUAAAAGGAAUGGUAAACAACAAAAUCAAAUUAAUGAUAGUAAUGAAAGUUGUUGUGAGAAUAAUGUUCGUUUAUUGAUUUCGGAUUUUGGAUUAUGUAAGAAAUUAGAAAAUGAUCAAUCUUCAUUUAGAGCUACUACACAAAAUGCUGCUCUGGGGACUUCAGGUUGGCGAGCACCAGAAUUAUUAUUAAACCAUGAUUUAUGGGAGAUAUCUCCUGAUUCAAUCUCAUCAAUUCAUUCCAAUAGCAACAGCAAUGGCAACAGCAAUAAUAAUGGUGCUACUUCUGGUAAACGAUUAACUAAAGCGAUUGAUAUAUUUUCUUUGGGGUGUGUAUUUUAUUAUAUUUUAACUGGAGGAUAUCAUCCAUUUGGAGAUAGAUAUUUACGUGAAGGUAAUAUUAUUAAAGGAGAAUAUGAUUUAACUUUAUUAAUGGAGAAAUGUCCUAAUGAUCGAUAUGAAUCAAUUGAUUUGAUUUCAAAAAUCAUUAGUCAUGAUCCUAGUCAACGUCCUAAUACCGGGAAAAUUUUGAAACAUCCAUUAUUUUGGUCAUUUUCCAAACGAUUAGAAUUUUUAUUAAAAGUUAGUGAUCGAUUUGAAAUUGAAAAAAGAGAUCCACCUAGUCCAUUAUUAUUGAAAUUAGAAGAACAUGCUCAAGCAGUUCAUAAUGGUAAUUGGCAUAAAUUAUUAAAUGAUGAAGAAUUUAUGGAUAAUUUAGGGAAAUAUCGGAAAUAUAGUCGAGAAAAAUUGAUGGAUUUAUUACGAGCCAUUAGAAAUAAAUAUCAUCAUUAUAAUGAUAUGCCAGAAAGCUUACAAUUGAAAAUGGCUCCAUUACCUGAUGGAUUUUAUAAAUAUUUUAAUGAUAAAUUUCCUAAAUUAUUAAUGGAGAUAUAUUAUGUUGUUGAAGAAAAUUUCAGAAAUGAACAUGUUUUCAAAGAAUAUUAUUAG